UCCUGAUGACGGUAUUUCCGGUCUGUGUUUUUCCUUGUAAAAACAAGAAGCCAAAACACAAAUCUCUUCAUUGUUACAGUUCAAAUCUAUGUCAUCGGAUAUUGUACCAACAACCGUGUAACUCUAGCAUUGGACGAGUGAGCGACGUCGCUUCUCCCGACUCUUCUCCGUCCAGCUCUUCACGGCAUGUCAACAAACUAUCAGCUAACAGCUUGCUAAGCUAACGUCAAGCCAAAUCGUUCAGACAGCCGCUCGUUAGCUUAGCUCGAGUUGACACUUUGCUGAGUGUCUCUCGGCCUCGGAAAGAAGCGGACCCUCUCAUGGUGGCCUCAGUUCAAUGGGGAACUGUCUGUUUUCGCAAGGUGCGGAUGACCUGUCGCUGCUGAACGAGUCCGAGGGGGGCAGUCUGCCCGGAGAGCCUCCGCCGCCCUACCAGGAGCGCACCCAACCAGUGCCGGUAUACCAUCCCACCCCAGGUGAGAGUCGUUUGGCCAGCCAGCUGACUGAGGAGGAGCAAAUCCGCAUUGCCCAGCGCAUCGGUCUCAUCCACCACCUGCCCAGAGGCAUCUUCGACCCGGGCUCCGACCCCUCUGACAAGAAAGUUAAAGAGUGUGUGAUCUGCAUGAUGGAUUUUGAGUACGGCGAUCCCAUUCGGUUCUUGCCCUGUCUUCACAUCUACCAUGUGGAUUGCAUUGACCCCUGGUUGAUGCGCUCCUUCACCUGCCCCUCCUGCAUGGAGCCGGUAGAUGCAGCCUUGCUGUCAACCUACGAAACCAACUGAGCAGCCCCAGGUGGUGGCUCCUGCCUAAAAGUUAAUGCACCUUUUUUUAACCAAAUCUGUCCUAGCUGUUCAGACAGGUAGCCAAGAUGAUGUGGCAUCAUGCAGACGUGUUGAGGGUGUUUUAGGGUGCAGUCACAUUUUGAAAACUGUGUCCUACAGUACAUUGCUUAGGUCUGACUAUUUGCCUUUAAAAAGUAGGACAGUGUGCCAAAUCAAGCUAGAUGAAGAAUACAAAAAGCUGAACAAGUAGCAAAAUAUUACUGCAAAGUAAUUUCACUUUUGUAUGACUGACAGUCAACUUUAAUUUGUUGAUUUUUAUGGCAAUUAAAUGUAUGUCACAAAUGUCAUUUACUUCCCCUUUUAAGGCAUAAUGUGCAAUAUGUUAUAUCAAAGGAGAAAAUGCAGGAAAUUUGUCUUGGUCAAGUACACAGCAUUAACUGUCAGACAGUGAAAACAUGGAAGUUACUGUGUUUUUCAAAUGAACUCAUGGCCUUGAAUGUCACAAAAACACAGGCCUCUAUUGAAUUGCAAUCAUCAACACACAGAAAAAUAACGUUAACUACAUUAUAAUUAAUAACUACAUUUUAAUGAACAGAGAUAUGCUAAGAGGUCCCAAGAUCAUUCAUGAGAAUCAUCAUCAUACAGCUUUUGAAGAUAUCGGAAGAUUGAGUCUAUGUUAUGUGACUAGGGUUUGUUGUCUGUAACGUUUUUGCUUUGAAGCUGCUUUUGUAGAUGUGGAUCUGUUUUUUUGCCUUUCUACAUUAUGGAUCCUCUCCUUUGCUUUGCCUCAGGUUUGUGGUCUUUGUUUUGUUUUAAAAAAUCAGUCCUGAGUGUGUCCUUUUCAGUGUUUACUGUCACUGACAUUUACAAAGACGAGAUAUGCUGUGCAGUCCCUCUUAAGCACCUUUGGAUAACCCUCAUCUAGCACUCUGUAGCUUAUAGAUUUCAUAGGGGUGUGUGUGUGGGGGGGGGGACACAUUGAGGUAGCAUUGUGAAUUAACCCUGUCCGUUGUAAACCGUGUUGUAGUUACCUCUCUUUUUCUAUUUUGAAGCUGAUGGAUUUUGUUUUGUGUUGAUGGCCUUCUUAGCAUUUCCAGAGCUUCUGGGUCUGGUCAAACAAAUUUCUGAUAUUUUUGUAUUAGACAUGUACUCUCUGAUACUGACUUCAUAAUGUAUAGCACAAGUUAAAUGGUGAGUCAGAAGCUACAGCAGUAGAAAGGAAUGUAUCUUGAUUGUAAAGCAUUAUUUCAGCUCUUAAAGAUUUGGACAGUAUAAGUGACAAGAAGAGGAUGUUUCUGUUUUACUCGGGCUGCUGUGCCUUUAAAGGUUGGGGUGAGCCAAUUCCAGUGAAGUACAGUCAUUUCUGACAUAACUUUUGUUUUUCUCAUUGUCAUCCUCUAGAGGGAGACAGAUACCAGCAUUGUACUGAUUUGUGUCGCUGUCAAAUAGGCCUAGGAUGAAGCCAAACGUUUUCUCUGGCUGCUGUUAACAAUCAUUUUGUGCUUUAAUUUAUAAUGUGUGCCACCAGUGCACAGGUUUUACGAAAAUCCUGAAAACACAAUAAAAGUGGAUACCAAAUUUUA